UUACAUUGUGGGUGUCUCCGUGUCGGUGCAGCUCUCAUUUCCUCCUCCCGUUGUUGUGCUGUUUCCUGUCGGUUGGAUCAUGGCAGCCGUGAUGUCUCCGGCGAGGCCUCUGUGCGACAGUGAUCCGACAACCUCUGGACCGCCCUCUCUUAAGGAAGAUAAUUCAAAUGAUGCGAGAGAGACAGAAGAAAAUUCAAAUGAUGGAAGCCAAGCCCCAAAACGGAGACGCACAACAUCAGGAGACAGUUCUCCAAGUUGUGAAAAUUCAAACCAAGAUUUUGGCUCCAAUUACUUUCCAGCAGAAAAUCUUACAGAGUAUAAAUGGCCAUCGGAUGAAACAGGAGAGUACUAUAUGCUACAAGAACAAGUCAGUGAAUAUUUAGGUGUCACUUCAUUUAAACGCAAAUAUCCAGAUUUGGAGAGAAGAGAUCUGUCUCACAAAGAAAAAGUGUAUCUGAGGGAGCAAAACGUGAUCACGGAAACUCAAUGUACUUUAGGUUUGACGGCUUUACGAAGUGAUGAAGUUAUAGACCUCAUGAUAAAAGAGUACCCCACUAAGCAUUCAGAGUAUUCUGUUAUACUUCAGGAGAAAGAGCGACAGCGUUUAGCAGAUCAUUACAAGGAAUACUCAAUAACUACUGGAGAGAUUCAGAAUGAAGUAUGUGAUCAGGAUGAAACAGAAAAACAAAUGCAACAACAAAACACACAGAAGGUCGAGCUUAGCAAAGUUCCGGAGUACAUCAAAAAAGCUGCCAAGAAAGCUGCAGAGUUUAAUAGCAACUUAAACCGUGAGAGAAUGGAAGAGAGGCGAGCUUAUUUUGAUUUACAAACACACAUUAUACAGGUGCCUCAGGGAAAGUACAAAAUUCUACCAACUGGGGUGACAAAAGUGAGCCCUUAUCCAGUUUCUCUCAUACCUGGGCAGUUUCAGGAGUACUACAAAAGGUAUUCCCCAAAUGAACUCCGCUAUUUGCCAUUGAACACUGCCUUAUACGAACCUCCUCUAGAUCCUAUGGACCCUGAAGUACUUGCUAUGGACAGCGAAGGAGAUUCAGAUGAUCUUGACGAGGGACGCGUGGAUAAGAAAAAAAUCAAAGGAUCCUCUGGCAGCUCCUCUGGGAAUGUGUCGGAUGGUGAAAUCCAAAAGGAAAACAAGAACAAGGAUGAGACGCUACAAGCAAAAACAAAAACAAAAGAAAAAAGCACCCCAAAAAAGGAGAGCACCAAACGUUCUGUACAGUCCAAAUCGGUCUCCGGGUACAAGCGAAAGUCCAAACCAAAUGCUAUUUGUGGAAUUUGUCUGUUGGGUAAGGCUAAGGAUAAAGAUAAGGAUCCCGCCAAGAAAGGAAAAUCCGAGAAACUCAUACACUGCUCCCAAUGCGAGAACAGUGGUCACCCUUCAUGUUUAGAUAUGUCUCCAGAAUUGGUUGCAGUGAUAAAGAAAUAUCCAUGGCAGUGUAUGGAAUGUAAAACCUGUAUCAUUUGUGGACAACCCCAUCAUGAAGAAGAAAUGAUGUUUUGUGAUCGGUGUGACCGUGGUUAUCAUACAUUUUGUGUUGGACUUGGUUGUCUUCCAUCAGGUCGCUGGGUUUGUGACUGUUGCCAAAAUGUUCCAUCCACACCAAAGAAAGGUGGACGAAGAGGAAAAAACAGUAAAGAAGGAUAAAACAUCAUAUUUCUUCUCCAAUGCAGCCAAUUACACAAGCCUUUCAAAAUGGUGCUAUAUGACCAGAUACUCUUGCUUCUGGGCAAAAAAAUGACCAAUAUUUACCACUCUUUUUCACAUUUUUUUUACAUCUAACAAUAAACCAUUUGGAAACUUGCUAUAAUUUGACCACAAUACUGGAACAAGAUGUUAAUGAAAUUGUGAUGUUUUUGUAGAGUUUGUGUUUUUUUUUUAUGGAUGAAAAAAAUGAAAUACCUCAUAAAUUUUAUGUUUUUAAAAAAAGGCCACACAUGCAUUGCCAACUGUUCAUGUAUCUUCUUCAACAUCAAAACUUUUUUUUUUUUAAAGUCAAAUUAACUCUACGAGAGUAUUAACUACUGCAGAAGUCUCAUUUGGCAAUUCUUGGUGCCCCAAAUGAAAAUCAUUUAAGGAGCAUUAUGCACUAUGACAAAUAUUCAAAUUUUAAAAUGGUCAUUUGUAUUUUAUGAUGCUGUAAACAUGAUGGUGCACAUAAUUUUGCAAAGCUAUUUAUUUUGUAUGGUUUGUGUUUUUACCUCCUUUUUUUUAAAAUAUGGUUAAGCUAUUGUAAUUAAAUGAGAAACCUCAAACACUAUUGAAGCCCAGAAAUUCCAUCACAUUGUAAGAUAACAAAGUUCUGUUUGCAGGAUUAUUAUUUUCUGAUGUAAAGUGUCUUCUUUUAAUCAUGCUAAUAUUUACAGGGGCCAUAAAUCUUUUAUGAAUUGUAUUGUUUGUUUUUUAUUUGCUGCUUUCAUAUCUGAAAGUUUAAAAUUGUCGUUUUAAGCUUUCAACUAAAGAUGCUACUUUGCCACCUCAAA